UUGAUCUCCAAUUCUACUCACCUGAAAUUACUCCUCGCAGUCGUCGAUUUCGAUGGCGCUUGCAGUUCCCGGUGCUGCUCCGGCAGGUUUAACAUAUUUUGACGAUAACGGCGAAUGUGCGGAAAAGGAAAAGCAGAUAUCGGUGGAUCCGAUAUCAUUGAGAGAGUCAUCGGCGACGGCGAGAGAGGACAUGAUCGUCGUUCCUGCCAUUUCUUCUCCCGACGCCGGUGAUCUUCAUCUGCCGCCGCCGCUGCCUCCGACGCAGUCCAAGUUCUUAAGCUAUAGCCUACCUAAUUCGGUCAAUUCAUCCCCCCAAUUUGGCGCGGGAUUAAUGAAAAAGAGAGGGAAACUUGAAAAUCAAGAAUCGCGGCUUAGAGUCUCCAAUUCGACGAAGAUCAAACCGUCGGUGCUGGAUCCACAGAAUGUUUUGAAGGAGGUGACUCAAUUUCGAAGAAGCAAGUCGUGUGGCGAAGGCAGAGCCAGUGCUCCAGCAGAUGAUUUGGAUCUGUGGCUGAACAAACCAAAUUCUGUAGAAACCAAGAAUUACGGUGAUGGUUUCUCCAGAACUGAAUCUACCAAAGAUGAUCGAAAGAGUGCAAAGGGAAUAGAGUCCACGGAUGACGGAUUUAAAUGUGGAGCUCUCUGCCUGUUCUUGCCGGGCUUCAGCAAAGGGAAGGCGGUCAGAUCAAUCAGAAAGGAAGAAGAACCAGAGAUUGGAAAUGUGAUGAUAUCCAAGACCGAAAUUGAAAGUGUGAUAUCAAGAACCGUUUCUCUGGAGAAAUUCGAAUGCGGAUCAUGGGCUUCGUCCGUCCUGCCAAAUGAUACUGGCGACGACGACUCCACGAACCUUUUCUUCGAUCUGCCUAUGGAGUUAAUAAGAAGCAGCGUAGACGCAAAUGCACCGGUCAGUGCAGCUUUCGUUUUCGAUAAAGAUCAGAAGGUAGUUACCAAGAACAGCUCGACGAAAUUAGUCCGAAAAUCGCAUGAAUCAUCUCAUCAUGUUCACUUUUCUGCAUCGUCUCCUUCUUCAGGGCCAGCCUCACCAGCUUCUUGCAUCACACCUAGAUUGCGCAAGGCAAGAGAGGAGUUCAAUGCCUUUCUAGAAGCUCAGAGCAGUGCUUAAGCAUUGAACUCUGUUUUUAGGUACUUAGCUGAUAAUUCAUGAACUGGUAUCUUCUCCAAAACCAGAAACGAUCUAAAUUUGUUUUAUCACAGAAUCAUGAAAACUAGUUUAAAUGGCUUGUAUCAAAUUAAAUGUUAGAUCGA